AUUUUCUGCGACGGGUAGAUAGCUCUUGUGUGAAAAGUCCAAAUUCAACCGGACAAAAUGGGAGACACUUCGAACAGAGGCAAAUACACCAAUCCCGAAGGCUCAGCUACGUGGGAGUACCUAUCGACCGUGGGAUGUGCCCUCCUUACAUUUUGUAUCGGUUGCAUAUGCGGUUGGAGUUCACCGAGCUUGGCCAUACUGAGGAAGCCCGAUUCGCCAAUCACCCUCAGUGACGAGGAUGCGUCUACUAUGUCAGCCUUAACUGCUAUAGGUCACAUGCUGGCGCCCGCAAUAAUCAUUCUGACGACUGACAGACUUGGCCGAAGAAUCAGCCUGCUGGCUUCUGGUCUCCCAAUGUUGAUCUGCUUCGGGCUCAUCAUAGUUGCCAAAGAUUCUUCGGUAAUCUUGUUGGGAAGAUUUUUCGGUGGCAUUUCCCUUGGCUUCGGGACGGCCGUUGUACCGAUGUAUCUCGGUGAAAUUGCGUCACCCAAGUUACGAGGGGCGAUAGGAAUCACCAUAAGCACAACGAUAUCCGGCGGGUCGCUGUUCAUGUCCAUUAUCGGGCCGUAUCUGUCAUUAAAAACUACGGCUUACGUGACAUUGAGCUUCGGUAUUGCCGCUUUGGGCGGCUUGUGGUUCGUUCCAGAGUCCCCGUACUUUCUUGUGAUGGUUGGUAAGAUGAAGCAAGCAGAGCGCACCCUGGAGAAGCUUCGCGGUAAGACGGAUGUCUCGGAAGAGAUGAACCUGAUCAAGAAAACCAUCGGUUUCGAGAAUAACGCUGGGAAGGGAUGGGAAAGAAGAAGAAAUAAACCAAACCUAAAUGUAAUCAACGCCCUUAAGCAGCUCGUCACAGUGUCGAAAAAUUUGAAAGCACUCAUAAUUAACUUUCUAUUUAUAUUUGUAUCGCAUUUUGGUGGAUGUACGGUCAUAUUGGUAUACGGGCAGAUAAUAUUCGCGGACAUGAAAACUGCCAUCCCCGGUCACGUAUGCUAUAUCAUACUUGGUAUCCUCCAGUUCAUCAGCACCUUUCUGGCUGUGUUCAUCGUUGACAGAAUUGGUCGGAGGCCUCUCAUCUUUAUCUCGGGCAUAAUUAGUGGCACUUGCUUCCUUAUUGUCGGUGUCUACUUCUGGCUCAUGGAGUACGGUCACAUGGACGUUGUUUCGUACUCGAUGAUCCCUUUCUGCGCCUUGCUAGCUGGAAUGGGUACUUUGAGCAUUGGUAUACUGCCAGUGACGUUAGUCGUACAGUCCGAAACGCUCGACACCGAUAUCAAGGCAAUUGCAACCUCCUUGCUAGGUGUUGGCAGUGGAUUGCUGGCGGCCAUCACUUUAAAGUACUACCUCAUGAUUGCAACGGUCUGGAACUUCGGUCACUCGGUACCCUUCACUGUUUUUGCCUUAUGCAUCUGGUUCUCCACAGCACUCAUACUAAAACUACUUCCUGAAACGAAAGGCCGAACCUUCCUCGAGAUCCAAAGAAACCUAGCCGCCUGAUAUGGCAAUAGCUGUAGCUUCAACGGAUACCGCAACAGCUUGCAGCUUUUGUCUUCAUUUAUAGGAUCGACAAAUUUAAGUCGGGAUUGUCGGAGCGUAGACAUUUUGGUGCAGAUAAGGUCAAGAAUAUUCACUUUCGUGAUAUUUUGUGCAAAGUAAUAAUCUAACGAUCGUUCACUGUCGAACAUCGAAUGACUUUCCGACAUGUACUUUCACGAAUAUGAAAAACUGAAAAGGUCUAUACGCCAAACUACGGCAUAGACGUAUGACGGCGUGCUGAAGAACUCUUCCAUCACGUAAUCUCGAAAAUACGUGUUAAACGAAAAAUUAUAUGAUUACCUCUUGCACGUAUAGCUCUACCCUCUGAAUACCUGGAUAAAUUAUAAAACAAAACCUA